AUGAUGGGAGCUAACGCUUCUGCGCGGGCAUCGUCGUGCUGCACGUCCUCAGCUGCCACAAGCACAACUCAAGCGGGCGCCACGCGUGCUAUGCUCCCUGGUGGUGGACUUCUCAUGCAAACCCAGCUUGUUCGUACCCGCGUGAGAGGACUGGCCAGCACUAGUCAGCCAGCCGAACAGGCUGCAAGUGCUCGAUGCAAUGCCAAUGACGAGCGUCAAGAUUCCGACGCUGACGACGAGGAGGAGGAAGGGGACCGCGAAGGCGGCGGCGGCGGGGGCUGGAGCGGGAGCGGAGGCGACGACGACUGCGACAGCCAGUCGUCGCAGAGCGACGGCGUGAUGGACGAGUUUACACUUGUGAAAUUAGUGGAUGUUCGGAAGGAAGUGCAGUGCCCUAUAUGCCUAGGAAUUAUUCGGAAGACAAGGACAGUCAUGGAGUGUUUGCACCGGUUUUGUAGGGACUGCAUAGAUAAAUCGAUGCGGCUUGGAAAUAAUGAAUGCCCAGCGUGCCGCACUCAUUGUGCAAGUAGACGUUCCUUGAGGGAUGAUCCUAACUAUGAUGCUUUAAUUCUAGCUUUAUAUCCAGACAUUGAUAAGUAUGAGGAAGAGGAACUUGCAUUCAGUGAAGAGGAAAGGACCUGUAACAAAAGGAUUCAAGAAUCCAUUGCUGAGACAUUUCGGAGGCAAACUGAAGCACUUGUGAAGAAGCGCUCCACUGUAAAAGCAACAGACGCAGCUUCUACAAGGAAGACUCGACGGAAUAUGCGACCAAGGAGGAGAGGGCGAAUUAGUUCUCCUGAUAUUGCCCCAACUGAUUUUGAUGAUGAGGAUAGAGAAGAAAAUGGUGAUGCUGGAAGCAAGGAGUCAUCUUCUGUUGAUGAUCACUCCCCAGAUGUAAGGCCAAAAAGAGCUCGGAGGUGGCCAAUGCCACGUCAUUCCCCUGCUAAGACCAUUGGCAAUACCGACAAUAGCAUUGAGGAUAAUGAUGACUCAGGAGAUGCUAGAGACUUUGUGACUGCUUCUCCGCUGCGGGGAGAGAUGCUUGCAUGGGGGAAAAAUGGCACCCGCAGCCAAACUCGGCAUGGCAACACCAGUGGCUCCAGUGGAAGGAUGGGCAAGGGUGGCCGUGUUGCCAAGUUGGUGGAUCAGCUCCGUAGUGCUGAUGACUUCGAUAGUAAGUUGAACCUGUAUCUUGUCCUACUUCCACUUGAUGGGCAAAGUGUGCCUAAACUGGAAAAGCCCUACCUCAGUUGCCUGCCAACACUAUCUGUUCAGCAUCUCUGCCAGUUGUCUCGGCAACCCAAAGAAGUCGAGAUAUAUAUCAGGAAAAACAUGGAUGCAUGCUUGUCAACCAAUGACAGUAGUAAAUACGAGACAAAGCCAGAUCAGUCUAAUGGUUUAGAGAGAUUGUGGGAAGAGAAGUCUCUUUUGGAUCUCUACCCUUCCUUCGCCACCCGUCAAGGAGUUCUGGUAUUCUCAAUCCCCAAAUGA